CAGGGGGGUGCGGAAAAGUCGGGGAGGGGAUUCGGUCCGGGGACUCGGUUGGGGGCUGGAGACCGACAGGAACAGCGGUCCGGGACCCGCGCUGCCCCCACCCCUCCCGAGCAGGCGCCCCCAUGGCCCGACCCCGCUGAUUCCUUCACUCGGCCAUGCUCCCUCGGCCCCUACGGCUGCUUUUGGACACGAGCCCCCCCGGGGGAGUCGUGCUGAGCAGCUUCCGGAGCCGAGACCCCGAACAGGGUGGGGACCCAGGUGGCCGGGCCGUGGGCGGGGGGCAGGAGGAAGAGGAGGAGGAAGAAGAAGAGGCCCCUGUGUCUGUCUGGGAGGAGGAGGAGGAUGGUGCCACUUUUACAGUCACAAGCCGCCAAUAUCGGCCUCUUGAUCCCUUGGCCCCCACUCCGCCUCCACGUUCCUCCCGACGACUCCGGGCUGGCACCCUGGAGGCCCUGGUUAGACACCUAUUGGAUGCCCGGACAUCAGGGGCUGACAUGACCUUCAUAUCAGCCUUCUUGGCCACACACCGGGCCUUCACCUCCACGCCUGCCCUGCUUGGGCUUGUGGCUAACAGACUGGAAGCCCUUGAAUCUCAUUGUACCGAUGAGCUAGAAAGGACAACAGAGGUAGCCAUCUCUGUACUGUCAACCUGGCUGGCCUCUCACCCUGAGGAUUUUGGCUCUGAGGUCAAGGGUCAGCUUGACCGGCUUGAGAGCUUCCUGCUUCGGACAGGGUAUGCAGCAAGGGAGGGUGUUGGGGAGGGCAGCACUGACAUCAUCCGAAACCUCCGGUCCCGGGUGGACUCCCAGGCCCCUGACCUUCCUAAGCCCCUGGCCCUCCCCGGCGAUCCCCCUGCUGACCCCACGGAUGUCCUGGUGUUCCUCGCUGACCACUUGGCCGAACAGCUGACCCUGCUAGAUGCGGAGCUAUUUCUCAACCUGGUACCUUCUCAGUGUUUGGGGGGAUUAUGGGGUCACAGAGACCGGCCAGGACAUUCCCACCUCUGCCCAUCUGUCCGAGCUACUGUCACACAAUUCAACAAGGUGGCAGGGGCAGUGGUUAGCUCUGUCCUGGGGGCCAUCCCAACUGGAGAGGGGCCUGGGGAGGUGACCAUACGGCCACUCCGGCCCCCCCAGAGGGCCCGGCUCCUGGAGAAGUGGAUCCGUGUGGCAGAGGAGUGCCGACUGCUCCGAAACUUCUCUUCAGUUUACGCCGUUGUGUCAGCCCUGCAGUCCAGCCCCAUCCACAGGCUUCGGGCAGCUUGGGGGGAAGCAGCCAGGGACAGCCUCAGAGUCUUUUCCAGUCUCUGCCAGAUUUUCUCUGAGGAGGACAAUUAUUCCCAGAGCCGGGAGCUCCUUAUUCAGGAAGUAAAGUCACAGCCCUCUCUAGAGCCGCACUCCAAGAAGGCCUCAAGGUCUGGUUCCCGGGGUGGGGGUGUGGUUCCAUACCUUGGUACCUUCCUGAAGGACCUUGUGAUGCUGGAUGCAGCCUCAAAGGAUGAGCUGGAGAAUGGAUACAUCAAUUUUGACAAGCGGAGGAAGGAGUUUGCUGUCCUUUCUGAGUUGCGGCGGCUCCAGAAUGAAUGUCAUGGCUAUGACCUCCAACCUGACCCUGAUAUCCAACAAUGGCUUUCGGGGCUCCGGCCACUGACUGAUGCUCAGAGUCACCGUGUAUCCUGUGAGGUGGAGCCAUCUGGUACCAGUGAACCUGCUGCCCCAAGGGUGCUUCGGCCAACGCUGGUCAUCUCACAGUGGACAGAGGUUCUGGGUUCUGUUGGGGGUCCCACCCCCCUUGUGUCCUGGGAUCGGCCAAGUGUGGGAGGAGAUGAAGUACCUGGAACCCCUGCUCCUCUGCUGACCCGGCUGGCCCAGCACAUGAAGUGGCCAUCUGUCUCAUCUUUGGACUCUGCCCUGGAAAGCAGUCCCUCUUUGCACAGUCCGGCUGCCAGCCACCUCUCUCCUCCAGCUUCCUCCCCUAGGCCUUCUCGAGGUCACCGUCGCUCAGCCUCCUGUGGCUCCCCAUUGAGUGGGGGUACAGGAGAAGGGGCCUCCAGGGGGACUGGAUAUGGGGGAGGGGGAUCUGGGCCUGGGGCCUCUGAUUGCCGAAUCAUCCGAGUCCAGAUGGAGCUGGGGGAAGACGGCAGUGUCUACAAGAGCAUUUUGGUGACAAGCCAGGACAAGUCUCCAAGUGUCAUUAGUCGUGUCCUUAAGAAAAACAAUCGUGAUUCUGCAGUAGCUUCAGAAUUUGAGCUGGUACAGCUGUUACCAGGGGAGCGAGAGCUGACCAUCCCACCUUCAGCUAAUGUCUUUUAUGCCAUGGAUGGAGCAUCUCACGAUUUCCUCCUACGGCAGCGGCGAAGACCCUGUACUGCCACACCCAGUUCUGCUAGCGGCCCAUCUGCCUCAGGAACUCCCCCAAGCGAGGGAGGAGGAGGCUCCUUUCCCAGGAUCAAGGCCACAGGGAGGAAGAUUGCACGCGCACUGUUCUAAGAAGCCCUGUUGGCUUCCAGAGGUCAUGGUGUUCAUAUCAGAUGUGGGUAGCCAUCCUGAACAGUGGUAGUUACAUCACAUUGAGACAGAAAUUCUGAAGGAUGGUCCGACACCUUGGGGCAGUGAAGUGCCAUUUGUUUACAACUGCUGAGAAAUCCAGCCCCGUGGGAGCUGGUGACCUUGUAACCAAGUGGGAUACCUGUGUUCAGCUCCCCACCUCUGGUGAAUGUGGCACACAGGUAGUGAUGGGAAGAGGCACCCGUUUCUGACUGCUGCCACAUUCUAGCAUGUGAAGGGCCAAGUAAAGGCCUAGAGUUGGGGUGGGGGAAGAAAGGCCUAGAGGUUCUGAGCCCCAGGUCAGAGGGGAAUGGCAAGUAGUUCUAAUGGGAGUUCCUUUUCCCGUUCUGGGGGUUACUGUCACUGUGACAACACUAAGAUAAUAAACCAAAACACUACCUGAUUUCUACUCCCAUGCUUGCAGUGCACAGGAACUGGCUGCCGGGAGUGGGAGUGGGGGUUGGCUGAAGGUAAAAGUCAUGGAGCAAUAAGGGGCACAGUGUUUUCUACUCCCAUGAAGAGCUGAAGCAACAUACUGAUGAGAAUGUUUUCCUCAGAACUUUAUUCUUCUCCAGUGACUUCUUGCCUUCUGGUCCCUUUAAUUUUUUCUCCUUACUUCUCACAGAUACAUGUGAAGCAGUAACCACCAAAUUAAAAUGAUCACUAUGGAGAACUGCCCUGAGGUCACAUUUAUAAGAAACAAUUUUAGGACAAAGAAAUGAAAAGAACAACUUUGUGGACAAUACAUAAAUUUGCUGGGAAUUUUAAGUCAGUUUAAGCCACAUCCAAACAAAUUUUAGAAAGACAGAGGUUGAAAAGGAACUAAAAGAGAUGCCAGGGCUAUUUGGAGACUGACAAGUAUUCACAGCAGAAUAUAACAUUUCAUCCCGGACUCAGGUUAAAGAAUUGUGGAUUCUUAAAUUAAACUGACAUUCUCAAUAUGCUACAGUGUAAACGUCCUCAUGUUUCUUAAAGGGUUGCAUAUGCAGGCAAAAAGCAGGUUGGAGGCAUUUCAAACUUGAGUUUCAAGAAAGGAUCACCCUGCCAGUUCCAAAAACCUAGA